AUCUGUGAUAAACCCACUGAUGAUCGGCCUCGACUUCAAUUUAAUCAAUGCUCGAUCACCAACUGGCAAAUAAGCAACUGCCCCAAAGCUCCCAAAACAUCAGGUAAAUUGGUCCUUGAGUCAUUUAGUAGAGAAUUCUCAUGUAUACAAAAUAUCUUUGUCGUUAAAGUCAAAUUAACCCAAAUGAACAAACACAACCUUUUGUCUUUUAGUGGUAUUCCAGUUUAGGUUUUUUGGGUCUUUGUGCAAAUAAGGGUAAAUUUCCACGUUGAACGAAGAACAGAAAAAGACGAUUGUUAAGUCAAGAACCUUUUGUAAAUUUAAAUAGAAACACAACAUAAUUGUGAGACCAGUUUGUGACCUCGAUUAUGACCAGAUAAUAACAACAGUGUAAACAAAUAGUUGUAAUGUUUGAAUACAUGUUUGAAUAGUUUUCAAAAUAAAUAGUGAAUGUUUGAAUAUUGGUUUUAAUAGUUUAAACAAACAUUCACUGUUUGAAUACAUGAUAAAAAUAAAUAAAAAAGUAAGUUAGCUAUCGGGUUUUAUUUUGAAACCCGUCUCGCUCAACAUCCGGCGUUGAUUCUCGAUCCCCGUCUCCGGUAUCCAUUGAGCAUCCUGGCCAGACGCAGAGCUCCUCGCUCGGUGUUCCUCCUCCUGUCAGACACCUUGAAGCGACCACUCUCCUCGGGUUCUCGUGUGUGUGCGUGCGUGUGUGUGCGUGCGUGUGUGUGUGUGUGUUGCCCCAACAACACCGGGUCCUGUUAAAUGAAUUGUUACGUUUGCGGACGGUCGGACAAACGAGCUCCGGGGCUGCGGCAGCAGCUGCAGCCUUGCGCCAAAGCCAGCUAACGCUAAGCCGUGGUCGGACCGGGUCAGCGGCCACGUUCCUACCCUGCUCUCCUCGGGCGGCGAACGCAGCGACCGGGCGGAUCCGGUUAUUUUGGGCCCCCGGUGUCGCUCGCGCACACGUGCUCCGCGUGAGCGAGCCCAACAUCUGUGCGAUAGCUGUCAGUGUUGUCGGCCGUGCGCGGUGAGACUCGGCGUCUGGGAGCCCACGAGCUGUCUGGAGCGACUUACACACACACACACACACACACUUUUUUUAAACACAGGGGGAACAAUAGGAUCAUUUCGGUUAAUUUCGGAACACCUCGGGCCCCCUUAGCGAACACAUGAGGCCCGGUUGAGAGGAUGGACCUGAAUUUUUACUCUGACUUAACGGACGGUACCGGGCCGCACGACGGGGACCCGCAGUUCCUGGACCCGCAGUCGUUUAAUGGAUUUGACACGGACAGCAAGUUCCCUGGAGGCAGCGACAACUACCUGACCAUCUCCGGGUCCAGCCAUCCCUUCCUCUCCUCCUCAGAGACGUUCCACACUCCCAGCCUCGGCGAUGAGGAGUUCGAGAUCCCCCCCGACUCGGCCCUCACCGUGUCCGACGUGGUCUCCCACUUCGGGGAGCUGUCUGACUCCGGCCCCUCGGCCAGCGUGGUCGUCCCCGGCAACGCCGUGGUCGAAGGGGACGACCCGUCUUUCGCCUCCACCUUCGUCAACGCCCCCUCGCAGGGACUGGAGCACCUGAGUCUGGGAGUCAUCGCCCAAUCGGGAGGCAGCGCUCUGCUGGGCUCGUCGCUGGGAAUGGAUCUCGGCCACCCCAUCGGCUCUCAGUUCAGCAGCUCGUCCCUGGUGACCAUCGACGUGCCGCUGGGCGACAUGAGCCACGGCCUGCUGGGCUCCAGCCAGCUGACCACCAUCGACCAAUCGGAGCUCAGCGCUCAGCUGGGCCUCGGCUUGGGGGGCGGGGCCAUGUUGCAGCGCCCGCGGUCGCCCGACAACCACCUGUCGGCCACGGCGUCGCCGACCAGCUCGCUGCAGGAUGACGACAUGGACGUCUUCCGGCGGAGCGUCCUGGUGGAGUCUCCGGUCUCCCUGUCCGUCUCCCUCCUCGACCCCUCCCUGUCCGACUACCUGCCCUCCGCCCCGACCCUCACGCCGACCACCCGGCGGAAAGAAGGCAAGGCGGGGAAGGCGGGGAGCGGCGAGAAAGACCCCAACGAGCCGCGCAAACCCGUGUCGGCCUACGCUCUGUUCUUCAGGGACACGCAGGCGGCCAUCAAGGGACAGAACCCCAACGCCACCUUCGGGGAGGUGUCGAAGAUUGUGGCGUCCAUGUGGGACAGCCUGGGGGAGGAGCAGAAACAGGUUUACAAGAGGAAAAACGAAGCGGCUAAGAAGGAUUACAUGAAGGCGCUGGUCGAGUACCGAGCCGGCAAGAACUCCCAGGCCCCCAUUGAAGUCAUGGACACGUCCCCGUCGCCUCCGUCGCCUCCGUCGCCCCCGCCUGCAGCCCUGGUCCCCGUUGUCAUGGCGGCGCACGCCUCCGCCCUCGCCGCCCGCUCCACCCGGUCGCAGCACUACAACCCCGAGGAGAACACCAUCACCAACAUCUGCACCUCCAACAUCAUCCUGGACCUGCCGCAGGUCACCACGCGCUCCCGCACCGGCGCCAUCAAACCCCAGCCUCCGCCCGCCGCCGCCCCGCCCCCGCCGACCGUCGCCAAGAUCAUCAUCAAGCAGAUGCAGCUGCCCUCCGGCGCCGUGACGGUCACGGCGAUAUCCGCCUCCUCCUCGCCGCGGCAGCCGCCGCCGCUGCAGCAAAUGCAGAGCACCUCUCUGCCGCCGCGGCGGCAGCAGAUGGUGCACGCCCAGGCCCCGCCCCCUCUGCAGGCCAAACCGCGGGGCGGAGGCGCGGUCGCCACGGCGCCGCCGCCGCUGCAGAUCAAGGUCGUCGCGUCGUUGGCGUCGCGGCCGGCGGACUCCAUCAUCGUGACGUCGGCCUGCGAGGCGCCCGCGUCGGGUCUGGCGAUGGAGGUGGGGCAGUCGGCGGCGGACGGCGAGGAGGAAGAGGAGGAGGAGGAAGAGGAGGAGGAGGUGGAGGAAGGGAUGGAGGUAGAGGUGAACGUCGCCCCCGUCCCGGGCGCGGCGCUCGCCGCCAGCCGCAUCACCUGUAUGCGCGCCGGCUGCACGAGGCCGGCGGUGGAGAGCCAGGACUGGGACAAGGAGUACUGCAGCAACGAGUGCGUCGCCACACACUGCAGAGACGUGUUCAUGGCGUGGUGCGCCAUCCAAGGCCAGAACUCCACCUCCGUGGCAUGAGCACCGGGACAAAGAGUAGCGCGUGAUCAGAGGAUCAGGUAUCGGCACAUAGCGUCGGGUUCGCUCGCAUCAUCUCGACGAGGCGGUCGCAGGAAGAGUAUUCGAAAAAUCACCAAAAAAAGAAGUGUUUUUCUGUGAUCGACACUUUUCAAACGAACUCUCCAGCAGAGCAGAAAGGAAAAAAAGAAACUCUGAAUUAUUUGGAAAAUACUGCAAAUGGGAACGCCGACUCAGAGGACACACACGGAGGAAUAAUAUUAACACAGAAGAAGAAACUUCCUUUUGAUCUAUUGUGAAUCUGAAGUAUGGGUUUGCUAAAAGAAAGAGAAGAACAACAACAAAAAAGAACAAUUUAUAUGGAUUGAUGGUGUUUUAAAAAAAAUUGUGCAGGAGAAAAAUCAUGAGUUUAAUUUGAGUCAUUUCAAAAGAAAUCCUCUUCAUAUGUGUACGCUCUUCCCUUUACUGUCACAUUGGGGAUUGAUUUAAUCUGAGUGAAAUCAAAGAAGUUAUUAAUUGUUCUACCAUCAUGCAAAAGAUUUUAAUUCAGGUGCUAUGGGAGCUUUUUAAAUAUAUGGUGCAUAUUUACUCUCAUGAGGAACCUUUUUGGGGUUACAUUUGGGGAAAGUUAAUGGGAUGAAAUAAAACACACCAGCUCCGACAACACUACUGUACCGGGGGAAGGGGAUAGAAUAUGAAAAGCUUUACUUUUUAACAUGUCUGUUUAAUUUAAGAACUUUUUUUCUUUCAGGUCUAUUUGCAUAAUAAUAAAGCAAGGGAAUGGUUGCUUCCGAAAAAGAAAAGAAAAAAGAAAUCAUGUUCUCGGUCGAAUGAAAUAAUGCAGGAAACUGGUCUGGUUUAUUGUAGAUAUCCUGGAAGUGUUUUUAAUGAUAAAAUAAAAUAUUUUAUGUUUUAAUAUA